CGCCAUUAACUUUAUUUACCGAGAAUGGCAUCAAGGAGGAAAAGAGCGCUGCCACCUUGGCUACAAGGCACAUCUGUAAAAAAGAAAACUUUAGAAGAAAAUAUCUGUUCAAAUGAAGAGGCCGUUACUAAAUCAGAUACACAAAUCGAAAGAUCUGUAGAUGCCAAAAAGACUUCAGAUAAGCAAGUUGAGAGAUCUUUUAAUGCCAAAAAGACUUCAGAAGAACAAGGAAAAGUUGAAUGGACAGCAGAAGAAGCAGUUGCCAUGUCAUAUAAAGAAUUCCUAUUUCAAGGAUGUAUAAUCUACUCAUAUGACAUUAAUGACUGCAAUAUAUUGUGUGAAGAAAUAAUCAUUAGCAUUGGCACUGAUAACAGCAAUGAUGUUUUCAUAGGAUUUGACUCAGAGUGGCCUGUGACAUAUGAGAAAGGUGCUCAAGCAAAGACCGCUCUAGUACAGCUGUGUUUAAAUACUGAAAAAUGUUACCUCUUUCAUUUGUCUUGUAUGUCAAAGUUUCCUUCAAUGUUAAAGAAGUUAAUCGAGAUGGAGAAUGUGAAGAAAGUUGGUUUGAAUGUUGAGUAUGACAUCUGGAAAUUAGGGACCGACUUUGAUAUCAAGUCCAAAGAAGUCGUACAAAAGAGUACAGUAGAGUUACGGACACUAGCCAACAAGAAACUCAGGUCAUCGGAAAACUGGAGCUUGGAGGGGCUAACAAGGAAUGUUUUACAUCGUCGAAUCAGCAAAGACCCUAGUGUGCGAAAAUGUGACUGGAGGCAAUUCCCACUCCCAGAAACCCAGCAGAGAUAUGCUGCCACCGACGCUGUUGUGUCCUUACUUCUUUACCAGCAUUUGAUAAAGAAAUAAAACAACAUUUGACAAAUGUGAAUGUACUCUUGUGUGAAUAACAUUAUAUUUAUUAAAUUAUUCAUAAAAUAUGAUAUUAGCAAUGAAUUUGCCAGACUGCAGUUAAAGCUGCACUCUCACAGAUUUACCGUUUUUACAACUACUUUAUUUUUUGUUCUGAAAAGAGCAAUUUUUUUGCGUAAAUAUCUGCAAACCAAUGACAAAAGAUUGCCGACAAAAGAUCUGAUGGCAGAUUUUUGUUUUCCGUCCGAUGGCUUAAACGGUUUAAGAAAAAUGUAUAAAACAUCAAUAUUUGUGGGAUGGGCCAAUUUAUAUGCCUUCCUGGCGUAGUGUAUGUCUAAAUGAAGUAGCCCUUAAUGAACUGUGUCUUUUUUUGUUUUGUUACAGAAACUGACAUUGUGACACCGUAAUUUGGGCAUUUAUAUAUAUUAGAUAUAUUGUGUUUUUUUCUGUUCAAAUGAAUUCUUGUUAGAAUUAAAUUGAUAUUGCUCUGUACUUAUAUUACUAUUAAAACAUUUAAGGUUUAA